ACAAAAUGCAUACAAAGUCCAGUAUUUAAAUUUUUCGCUUUUCUCAAAUCAGAUCACAGUGGCGCUCUCUGUUGUCAAAAAGAGCAAGUAAUGAGAUCUAACAUGGCUAUUUUAGUGCACUGGUGCAACAACAUAAAUAAUCUAAAUUCGUGACUUAUUUAAUGAAAAUUCUUUAAUCUCACAAGCGCAUUUACAAAUAAGUUUACAAGAAAAACUUAAAAACAUAAUUCUAUCAGGUAAAACCAUCUGUGUAGAAAUUCAAGUGAAAGAGACGUAAAAACCGGUUCUUGGAGGUUAUAUAAAAAUUCACAUUCGCCAAAAUUUGUAAAUACACUCGGAAUUUUCCGGAAUAAAAAAGAAAAAGAGUGUAAUCUCUCAUUUAAAUGGAUUGACAGGGUCACAAAUGGUAGAGAAAUGUGUAAUUUUGUGAGGCAAUUUACACUGAAAACAAUUCAGCAAAGAAAACGAAUUUCUAACCUAAACUUGAUCAACGCGAAUAAUCGUUUCUUCAGUGAGAAAAGUGAGAAAAGUGAGAAAAGUGAGAAAAGUGAAAAAAGUGAAAAAAGUGAGGAAGAAACUAGCAGGGGGAGAGACAAAGAAUAUUUUGACACAGAUCUGACGAUUCACUCGUUCGAGGUGAAGGAGAAAAAGGAGAAGCAAACUUACUUGGAGUGUUUGCGGAAAUACGAGAGUCAGGCCGGUCGAAAGUCGGAUCGAGUCGAAUUUAUUUACGCAGCCCUGAAGUACAUGGACGAGUUUGGCGUGAACAAGGACCUGGACUGCUACAAACAGUUGCUCAACACCUUCCCGAAGGGGAAGAUGAUUCCCACGAACCGAUUUCAGGCGGAAUUCAUGCACUACCCGAAGGAGCAGAAGUGCGCGACCUACAUCCUGGAGAAGAUGGAGAACAACAAAAUCAUCCCGGACAUCGAGACGGAGCGAAUCCUGAGAAAUACCUUCGGCAAGGACUCGAUACCAAUACACAAGUUCUGGCGAAUGAUGUACUGGAUGCCAAAGUUCAAGAAUUUGAACCCCUGGCCGCUGCCGCGACCCCUGCCGAACGAUCCGCUCGAGUUGGCAAAGCUGGCGAUUUCGAGAAUUGCGAGUGUCGAUCACCAGUCGGAAGUGACCGUUCUACAGACUGAGAGUGUCCAGGAUUCGAUCGACAAGACGUGGAUCGUUUCCGCGAUCUCGCCGACCCAGAGGAAGCUGCUCGCGGAACACAAACCCAGGACGAAGGCUGUCUAUGUCGAGGGACCUUUCACCAAUUGGGUGGGGGACCAGGCAGUCGACUACUUUGUCCUGCUCACCAAAAAUGCCAAGGAUGAGAUCAAAAUACCCAGGGUGGAUCCUGACGAUAUUUCAAAUAUGGAAGUUUCUUAUUGGAGACUGAAGAAGACGUCCAUAGUGACGUAUCCAAGUGUGCACGAGCAACUGAACGAAACAAUUUAUUCUGUGUGUGCGACUGGGACUUCGUCGAAAGACUCAGUUCUCUCGUGGAUUCGUUGUUUGCAAAAGGAAAAUCCCGUUCUGAGUGAAUUGCACGUAGUCUUCACCCUGAGACAAAAGCCGGAAGAAAAGAUCAAGCUUUUGGCAGGAAUGCAAGAAAAAAGGAGAAAAAUCGAGGAAAGAUAAACUCCACUUGUUUGUUACUCUCCUCAAAAUAUUGUUAAACAAUCAUUUGUAAAUAAAUAGCUGUAUUAUA